AUGUCUGAAAGAGGCUCUUUCCGGGGUGGUCGUAGCCGCGGCGGAGGUCACGACAGGUCUGGCGGUCGUGGCGGUGGUCACUCCUCCCAACACAGGGGUGGCGGUGCAGGUGGCGGUGCGCAACAGCAACAGGAGAAACCCAAGAAGGAGAACAUCCUUGACUUGUCCAAGUACAUGGACAAGGAGGUGAAGGUGAAGUUUAAUGGAGGACGAGAGGUUAGUGGUAUGCUCAAGGGUUAUGAUCAGCUCAUGAACCUGGUGUUGGAUGAUGUCAAGGAAAGCAUGCGUGGUAAGUCACUCAACGACAUCACCAAGCUGGAUGAAGUAUCUAACAGUGCUAUUCAGAUGAUGAAGGAAAUGAAACUACCCGCUCCCUUGGUCUCAUCGUCGCCCGCGGCACUCUGA